AUGACUACAAAAACGAUCACCUUUAAUAACGGCGAGACGUUUCUUCCGUCCGACCGAAAGAAUGAAAGGCAUUCUAGACUGGCUUUCUCCUCAGCGGUGGCUCCGUUAAAUCCAAUACUCGCCGAGUUCAACAUCACCGAUGACCCGAGCGCACCGACAACCGUCGUCAAGUACGAAUACGAUCCUUCAGAAGACUCCGAGUCGGAUGAGGAUGAGGAUGAGGAGGUGGCUACAGCGAUGACAGAGCAGGAGAGGAACAAGGACAAGGACGGUGGAUUUCUCACUACGGGGACUCACUUCAGAGACGCGGCCGCCAUGAAUGGAUGCAAGGGUGACGAGGGGUUCGUAGACCAGCAAGCUUCGGACCAGAAAUACGCUCCUUGUUCCUCCGGCUUGAAGUUUGCCACCCACAGGAACGAUAGAGGCGAAGGGUUGGACAACGCGGUGGCGGUGGACAUUAACGAGUGA